UCAAAGUCACAAGCUACAAUCAGCCCAAGAAGUCAGAUCCGACCCGUUUAGGAUCUCUAAAGAGAAACACAACUGAGAUGAGAAGUGACCAGUCGCACAGGAUUAAGCAAACUUGAAUGACACAAAGCGUAGAAGAAGCUUACGGAUUAUAAGCACAAAAGAAGAAGCAAAAACCUUUUGGAACAAUUUCUUAUCUAUAUAUCCAUUGCUUCUUCAUUGCGUAAUGUCUUUUCUUUAUUUGCGUAAUGUCUUUUCUUUAUUUGUUGGGUUCAUUGCUCUGCUGCACUGAAACGUGAUUUUGAUGCAGGUGAGUUCCAAUUUCCACAGGGAGGAUCUCUGUUUAUGUGAAAUGGCAUGAAGGUAAAUCUUGAUUAUCAAGGUUUUGUUAACACGAUUGUUUGUCCUCCCAUCAACCAUUCUCCAAAGAAUGUGGUCUGCCUGAGUGGCUGUACCCAAAUACAGAUGGGGAGUAAGAUCUGUAGUGUGGUGUCACAAGGAGCAUCCAGUUCAUGUUGUAAAGGUCUGCAGACAGGGAAAACAGGGACAAAAAUUUUCAGUUUGCCUCUCUCCAAGAAUCGUCCAACCAAUAUUGGCCAAACAUCCCAUGGAAACUGUUUCAGGUUUUUCUUCUCCAAGGAUUCACGGUCAUUAACUGUUAAUGCUGGAGGACCUAAUAAAGGAAGUCUUGAAAUAUCAUUGGCAUGUCGGGGUAUGAAUACCAGGCUUUUGGUUCCAAGACAAGGAAUGCUUCCCAAAAUCAAGUGUAAUGUGGGCCCAGUAUCUUGGCCACAGGCAUGUGCCUCUGCUGGUUUAAUAUUUGGAUUGUUGGUCUGUAAUUGUUCAGGACCAGCACAUGCUGAAGCAGCUCACAGGGAGGAUGAGGAAGAUGACAAUGAUUUAUCAUAUGUGAAAUUCUCACAUGGGAAAAAAGUUUACACUGACUACUCUAUUAUUGGAAUACCUGGAGAUGGGAGGUGCUUAUUCCGCUCUGUUGCUCAUGGGGCUUAUUUACGAGCUGGGAAAGCAGCUCCUGCAGAGAGCCUUCAGAGAGAAUUAGCAGAUGACUUGAGAGCUCGGGUAGCAGAUGAGUUUAUCAAAAGGAGGGAAGAGACAGAAUGGUUUGUUGAAGGUGAUUUUGACACGUAUGUUUCCCAAAUAAGAAGGCCACAUGUAUGGGGAGGUGAGCCUGAAUUGUUCAUGGCUUCACAUGUUCUCAAGAUGCCAAUCACAGUGUACAUGUAUGAUGAAAAGGCUGGUGGGUUGAUAACCAUUGCUGAGUAUGGGCAAGAAUAUGGAAAGGAAAAUGCCAUCAAAGUUCUCUACCACGGGUUUGGCCAUUACGAUGCCUUGCGUAUUCCCGGAAAGAAUGGUGGUAGAUCUAGGCUUUAGCAUAUGCUGCAUGAUGUAUUUGACAAAGAGUGGGAUGAAUAAUAUCUUUGAAAUAAUAAUAUCCAACUCAACACCAUGUACAUGUGCAUCUUAUGUUGUACUGAAGGACUUCUUUUCUUGGUUUUAAA